AUGGAUCAAGUGGUUAAAAAGCCCAAGCACAAGUCUCCAAGCACUAUUCGAUGUCGGAAAGCGCACACCAUCCGAAAGAAGCUUGAGCGCAAGAAAAUCGAGAAUCGACCUCCUCCCAAUGCUCGUAAAGCCAGACUGGCAGCUUUAACAGAGCUUUAUGGACUUCCUCCCGAAACGAAGUUCCUAUUCUUCAAAAAAGGACAACCUGACCCUUUUCGGAUUCACUUUGGCACUGUCGUUUGCCUAGACGAAGACACCAGCGAGCUUCUAUUGGUUGCACGAUUUGUGGAGCGUACUGUUUCCAACCGUCCUCUAUUCGAAAACUACAACCAUGCGAUAUCAACUGUCUAUCAACAUGCUAGGGCUCGUGGGUUGUGCAAGUCUAAUGGUGCUGCUAACAAGGUUGCAGAACAUCUGCGCAAGUAUGGCAAGAUGUAUGCGGCUGGUUUUCGACCAGGUUAUGACCACCUUGCAAAAGCAGGCAAGUUGAUAAUCUCAUCAAAUCGGUCCUUACGCUCUCAAUGCAACCACCAGCGGCCAGCUCUGGCGUAUGCAAGAGGACCUGGAGCGGCAAGGUAA